GUGAUGUUUGCCGGUCUUGUAACUCUGCUGGGGUGGUCUGGUUUGAAGACGAGAGGAAGGAGGGCUGUGGGUGUGCUUUCCCUUGUGUGUGUGUGUGUGUGUGUGUGUGUGUGUGUGUGUGUGUGUGUGUGUGUUUGUAGGAGACGCUGAUAUAUAUUCAGACUCAAGAGGAAGAUGCACCUUCUUCACUGUGCACGUUACAAGUGUAGAAGUUGAGAGAGAACUGUCAGAGAGGAAGUGAAAUGAAAGAGGACAGGAGCGGAGGACGGAGGCUGAUUUUGGCUCAGCACCGAUCGUCACAUCAUUAUGAGCAUCUGUGAAUGGAUUCUAUCCAAGCUGAUGAAGUAGCCUGAGUUUUCAGACAUCCAGUUCACUGAAGAAGUAAACUGACCAGGAGAUUUCAUCAUAAACAGUUGCGCCAGUGCAGGAGUUUGUUUUUUCUGCUUCUAGAGGUUGUAUCUGUCAAACUUCAGCUUUCCAGAAAGGAGCAGAAACCUCCAGUGAGUUUCAAUGGCCAACCAUUUUAUCUAGAAACCACGGAGACGGACAGACAGACAGAUGUCAGAAACCGACUUCUCCACCUCCCCCACUCCUACCCCCCCUCCCCUCCUCCACUGCGACUACAGCGACUGGUCUCCCUCCUUCUCCAUCAUCCCGUCCGUCUACCUGCUGGCCUUCCUGGUCGGUUGCCUCAGCAACAGCCUGGUGCUUUGGGCCUACCUGGACCGAGCUGAGGGGAGGAGAACGAGGGACAAAAAACUGGCUGGAGCUGGACAGUUCUGCUGUAGUAACAUUUUCAGGACCAGUCCGCAGAAUGGUAACAGUGCUGCCAGAGUCCAUCGUGGGACUUGUCCUCAGACGACCAAAGCAAACUGUGGAUAUUCCUCAGGACAAAGACCCUCCUCCCAUUCCUCCACCUCCUCCUAUCCUCCCUCCAUCCCCCGUCCCUCUCACUCCCUGACAGACUCUCUAAUAGCCAGUUUAGCAUUGGCUGACCUCUGCUUUCUUGUAACUCUCCCCCUCUGGGCCGUCUACACAGCGUUGGGCUACCACUGGCCUUUUGGGCAGCCCCUCUGCCAGAUCAGCAGCUUCCUCACUGCCCUCAACAUGUAUGCCAGCGUGUUCAGUCUGAGCAUGCUCAGUGUGGAGCGGUACUGGGUUCUGACCGGGCGCCGGCACUCCAGCCACCACGCCCCACAGAGCUGCUCCAGCAGGGCAAUGCGGAUCCUUGGAGGGGUGUGGGUGUUGGCGGGUGUCCUGGCUCUUCCUGGUUUGCUGCUGCGCUCCGUCCGGGAGGUGGAGUUUGACCCCAAAUCUGAGGAUGACUGGCAUCUGGAACUUGCUGAUUCCACAUCUAUCUUCCUUUCCUGUCAGAUGGAUUACUCCAUGCUGAUUGGAGCAGAGGUGGAGGAGGCUGAAAAGGAGAGGGCAGAGAUGUGGUGGUCUGCUGCCUUGAGUCUAAAAUCAACUCUGAUUGGCUUCCUGCUUCCUCUUGUUAUCUUGCUGGUCUGCUACUGCUCGUUGGCCCAACUCCUCAACAGACAUUUUGGACGGGGUCCUCGUCCUGACCGCAGACGCCAACGCAGACUCCUCAGGGUCAUUGUCACUUUAGUGAUGGCAUUCUUCCUGUGUUGGUUACCUCUGCAUGUUAAUAAAACUGUGUCCCUGCUGCUGGAGUUAGGGCUUGUCCCAUACUCCUGCUCUUUAGACCAGAUUUUACUGGCUGCUCACCCCUACGUCACCUGUUUAGCUUACCUCAACUCCUGCCUGAACCCUGUCCUCUACGCCGCCUGUGACCCGACAUUUAGGAAGAGAUGCAGAGGAGCUCUCCUCAUGUGGUGCAGGAUGAGCAGAAGAGGAGCAGAGGGAAGGGAGGCAAACAAAGAUGAAGAAGAGGAAGAAGAGAAAGAGGAAGGGAGCUCGACUUAUCCCUCGAGGACACAGGAGGAAACAGCAGAUAGGACAGAGGAUGGAGAGGGACAGAGGGUGGAGGAGGUGGCUGGAGAAUAAGAGGUUCAAAAUGAAAUAUGUAAAGCAAUGAUUUCUAAUUUUGAUGCAAGGAAACAUGGCAUGAAGGCAUUUUGUUAGUCAGUCAAAAGCAGCAUAAAAUGUAUUAAAUAUUUUCAGAAGAAUUUAAAGGUCCCAUAGAGUGCCUCUUUUCAGCAAAGUAAUUAUAGUCUCAUAUGUUCCCACAGUGUGUCUUUCCAUUUUUCAGCUGCAAAGAUGGCUCAUUAUAUCAUGACAGUGUAUUACCAAUUGUUUUGAGGCUGUUCUAAAUGGGCUGUUUUUCCUUGAAAACCAAAGAGGUGCUGCUGUUCCUGGCCAGUCAGGAAGAAUGUGUUGUCUGUCUGUGUGAUUGACAGCUGGAGCUUGAGGAAUGUGAGAGGUAAACAUCUUCAUAUCUUAACAGCUUUUAUUUUACUCUUCCAGGUUUACUUAAACCACAAGACCAAAUAAAAUGGAUUUUCACCAUUUGGGACCUUUAAGUGUUGUUGAGAACAAGUGACAAUGGACUGAAUCCCAAAGUAGUAGAAACUGUAUCAGAUGUCAAUAUUUUUAAGAUAAACAUCCUCAUUAAAUGAACAUAGACAGACAGUAUAUAACCUGGUUUCAGUCACCACAUUUCCCACAGGAAAGUUCUUGUCCAGCGGUGGUCUCUGGCCAGACCAAAGUUUCUCAUGUAAUAUGAGCUCUUUCUAUAUUUUGUACUCUUAAUAUACUCAGUGUUUGUUGAUUUCUGUUGCACUACUUUUAUUGUUGAUUAUCUAUUAAAAUAAGAACUAUAUCUGAUGCUGA